GAAGUAUACUUAAAAGUUGCGAACUUCCUCCUCCUCUGUCAGUUGGUUUCAUCAGCCACGAUAUUACACAUCCAGCGGACAGAAGAGUUUCUCUCCAGUGUUUCAGAAAGAUGGGAGACUCUGUCAACGAGUACACAACCCGACUGCAACAACAGGAGCAGGAGAUCCAGAGUCUCUCUGCAGAGAUUGAGAGUCUAAAUAACCCACAGAGCCUGAAUCCAUCUUCCCGUCUGAAUGAGCUGCAGGAUGAAAAUGCCAAGCUGAAGUACCGCCUCAACGUCCUGAAGAAGACCAUGCAGGAGGAGAGGGCGACUCACUGCGGUAACUCCAUGACCAACAUCAACCAGCAGCUCCAGGAGAUUUUCUGCGAGGCCAUCAGGGCUUCCUGCCCGGAGCUGGACGACCCUCCGGUGUCCGUCGCGCCCAACCAGCAGGCCAAGUUUGGAGACUACCAGUGCAACAGUGCCAUGGCCAUGGCCCAGAUGCUGAAGUCAAAGGGAGUGAAAAUCAACCCGCGGGAAAUCGCAGAAAAGAUCAUCCAGAAUCUUCCGGACAACAAACUCAUCCAGAAAGCUGAGAUCGCAGGACCAGGGUUCAUCAACAUCCAUCUGAAGAAGCCGUUUGUGUCCAAACUGUUGAGCAGCCUGCUCAUCAACGGCGUGCAGCCCCCCCCGCUGUACUCCAGGAAGAAGGUGGUGGUGGAUUUCUCCUCUCCCAACAUUGCCAAAGAGAUGCACGUAGGCCACCUGCGCUCCACCAUCAUCGGGGAAAGCUUGUGUCGGCUGUUUGAGUUUCUGGGCUACGACGUUCUCCGGUUGAACCACGUGGGAGACUGGGGGACGCAGUUUGGGAUGCUGAUUGCUCACCUGCAGGAUAAGUUCCCAGACUACCUAACCUCCUCGCCGCCCAUCGGUGACCUGCAGGCCUUCUACAAAGACUCCAAGAAGCGUUUUGACGAGGAGGAGGACUUUAAGAAGCGAGCGUAUAAGUGUGUCGUCAGACUGCAGAGCAAAGAUCCCGACUUCAUCAAAGCCUGGAACCUCAUCUGCGACGUCUCCAGGAAAGAGUUCCAGAGGGUUUACGACUGCCUGGACAUCCAGAUCAUCGAGCGAGGAGAGUCGUACUACCAGGAAAUGAUGACAAAGGUGGUGAAGGAGUUCGAUGAGAGAGGCUUGACGGAGAUGGACGAGGGUCGUAAGAUCGUCUUCGCCCCGGGUCAGCCCAUCCCCCUCACCGUCGUCAAGUCGGACGGCGGGUACACGUACGACACGUCGGACCUCGCAGCUUUACGCCAUCGACUAUUCGACGAGAAGGCUGACAUGAUCAUCUACGUCACAGACAGCGGACAGGCCACACACUUCCAGGUGGUGUUUGCUGCGGCUCAGAUGAUUGGGUGGUACAACCCUCUGGAGACCCGUGUGGAGCACGCAGGCUUUGGAGUGGUGCUGGGGGAAGACAAGAAGAAGUUUAAGACCCGGUCUGGAGACACGGUGAGGCUGAUGGACCUGCUGGAGGAGGGACUGAAGAGGUCCAUGGACAAACUGAAAGAGAAGGGCAGAGACGAGGUCCUGACCCCAGAGGAGCUGAUCAAAGCCCAGAGGUCCGUCGCUUUCGGCUGCAUUAAAUACGCCGACCUCUCCCACAACCGCAUCAACGACUACAUCUUCUCGUUUGACAAGAUGCUGGAUGACAGGGGCAACACGGCGGCGUACCUCCUGUAUGCUUUCACUCGCAUCAGGUCCAUAGCUCGUCUGGCUAACAUCGAUGAGGCCACACUGAAGAAAGCAGCAGAGACCUCCGAGGUCCUCCUGGACCACGAGAAGGAGUGGAAGCUGGGGAAGUGCAUCCUCCGUUUCCCAGAGAUCCUGCAGAAGAUCCUGGACGACCUGCUGCUCCACGGGCUGUGCGACUACCUGUACGAGCUCGCCACCACCUUCACAGAGUUCUACGACAGCUGCUACUGCGUGGAGAAGGACAGACAGACGGGUACGGUGAUAAAGGUGAACAUGUGGAGGAUGCUGCUCUGUGAAGCCACGGCGUCCAUCAUGGCCAAAUGCUUCGACAUCCUGGGCAUCAACCCCGUCGGGAAGAUGUGAUGCGUCAGUGUCUCUCCGUCUCCGUCUCGCUGCAUCCGGGUCCACCAGAGUCCAGAGCAGGAACGGGAGAAGUGACUCACGUCACAGCCAAAACUCACUGGGCUUUUAGGAAUGAAUUUCCACAAAGUUAUUAUCCAUCCAGGGAUAAAACAAACACUUAUGUUAAUUCCAUUAAUUAACAUCUCAUGUUUUUUUAUUAAAGAACCGAUAUGAAUCCAACAUG